AUGGCUAAAACCGCUCUCAUCACGGGUGCCAAUGGCAUCACUGGUUCUGCAAUCCUCGAAUACCUCGUCAAGAAUACAACAGCGUCCCAAUGGGAACGUAUCAUCAUCACGUCUCGAUCGCCCCUGAAGAUGGCCAUUCAUGAUUCUCGCGUCGAGUUCGUUGCUCUCGACUUUGCCAAUCCGCCGGAGAAGCUCGCGGACCAGAUGCGCUCUCAAUGUGCUGCUGUGACCCACGCCUACUUCUCAUCCUACGUCCACAAGGACGACUUUGCCGAGCUGAACGAAGCCAAUCGCAGCCUGUUUGAGAAUUUCCUCAAUGCUUUGACUGAUGUGGCAAAGGGCCUGCAGAACUGCACUCUCCAGACUGGGGGGAAGUACUACAAUGUCCACCUCCGACCAGUUCCAUGGCCAGCCCACGAAGACGACCCUCGUCUUGUUCCCGCCGCGCAAAACUUCUACUAUCACCAGGAAGACUUCUUGGCUGAGAAACAGCGCGGUUCAGCCUGGACCUGGAAUGUGAUCCGCCCGGAGGCCAUCAUCGGCCAUACCACCAAGCCUAAUGGCAUGAACGAGGCCCUUACCAUUGCACUCUACUUCUUGAUCAACAAGGAGCUGGGCGUACAGGCCCCCAUGCCAACCAACUCCGCCUAUUUCAACGGGGUGGAUGAUGUAUCUGAUGCACGUCUCAUUGCCGAUUUGACAAUCUACGCCUCAACCCACGAAAAUUGUGCAAACGAAGCCUUCAACGCCACGAAUGGUGACGUCUUCAGCUGGCGAUAUAUGUGGCCCCGACUGGCUGAUUGGUUUGGAGCCAGCGCUUCGGCCAACCAGUCCUUCAAGCAGACAUCCUUCAGCGAGGGUGAAACUCAUCUUGACAUCAAUCUCGAACAGUGGGCGCAAGACAAGAGGGACGUCUGGAACAGGCUCUGCGAUAGAACGGGCUCUCCUCAGAGCAAAGCAACCUUUGAUGCAGGAACUUGGGCUUUCCAAGAUUGGGUGUUUCAGCGGACCUGGAGUUCACCCCUGAGCAUCAACAAGGCACGCAGAUUUGGUUGGACUGGCCAUGUGGACUCGUUUGAUUCGUUUGUUGAUGCUUUUAACAGGUUCAAGGAGCUUUCGCAGAUUCCCUCCGCCACGUAG